UGUUUCAUCACCAAGGUGAAUUAUCUUUCUAAAAUUUUGUACUACGGUACUGCUAAAUGAAACGUUCUUCCUUAUUUAGUUCCUUACUAGAUGAAAAUGAGUUUUUAUAAAGGGCAGUACGUUUUUUCUGUUCAGUAAAUGUGUUGUAGAAUCUACUAUAUCAGAGCUGUUGCACAGAAGCUGUGUGUACUAUAGUUUGUCACAUUGUACUUAUUUGUGUGCAGGUCUGUGUUGUGGGACUCUUCUGUUUUUUUAUUUGUGUGAUAAAUUAUAUAUAUUUUUAAUGUUGCUAGGUUUAGUAGUGUCGUUUCUAUUUGUAAUGGCGAAUUGUGAGCAGGGAAAGUUUACUGAGGAAGCUGAGAAAAAUGACCAGAAGCCAGGGAAACUAAAUACAGAAUUAAAUGAGCCGUCACCUUCUCAAGUUAUGCUUGAAAGACUGAAGGAAAUCAGGAAAUGGCAGGAAAAGUAUCGGGAGAAACUCGUGGAAGUCCAGUCCUGCAGUCUCGAGACUUCUUGCUUCACUUCCUCUAAUACACACCCAGAUGAUUCAGGCAAUGAUUUUUCAUCCCAAACAACAAAUGACUCUACAUCUUUCCACCCUGAAUAUUUAUUUGAGAAGAGAGAUGACCACAAGGCCCAGAAUAUGGCACAAAUGGAGCAAGAGGCAUUGGUAGUAGCUUCACCUUCAGGUGCUCUACCUUGGACAACACACGGAGAUGUUCUUCACAGAGAGAGAGAGGAACAUUGGAAUGGAGGCAGACUAAAGCACUUCUCUUCACAAAAUGCAAUAAAUGUAUGCACAAAUACUGCUUUUACUGAUGCAGCAUUAGCCACAUGGCCACCACUUAGCAAUAUGAGCCCUUAUGGAUCAGUCUUUUCAGUAAGUCAUGAUGCAUCAGAAGAUUGUCAGGCUAAACCUAUUAAGGAUUAUGAAAAACGGGGCAUCUCAAAAAGUCCAUUUAGUGGAGGUAAGCAUAAUAAUCUUCUGUCAGGUAAUGUGAAAAUCACAUCAAAUAAUAAGAGUCCAAAUUCACAGGCAGGAGGUGAACAGAUGGAAAAUAUUUACUGUGGUAACUUAAGUUUGGAAAACAAAUGUGAAGACAGUCUAGAGUUGGAAGAGGUUUACCAUGCUGAAAAGUACAAAUCUAGCCCUGGAGAAAAUGCUCGUAUUCCACUGACCAGAAACCCUGUCAUCCAUCGUGCUUUAGAAUGUGAUGCUAGAGACAAGCCUAAGCAUCGGUACCUAAGGAAAGGUGAGGGCACUGCAAGGUUCGGUAUGAAUCCAAUAAAAUUAAAAAGAAAAACCACAUUAAUAAAUUAUAAAAAUUCUGAUUCAGAGAAUCAGGUGAAAAACCAAGAAUUUAGAGACAAUAAUCAAGGAUCUACAAGUAUUAAAACAUAUGUUACUAAUGCAAAUGUAAAUUAUAUGAAAAGAACAUGCAAUAGAGCAAUAAAUCAACUUCAUUUAAGAAUAUUCCCAGUGCAACAGUUGACUCAUUAAAUGAGGCUGAGUGCACUAAGCAAGUAGUUAUGCCAAGUCAAGUUCAUCAUACUUCAGAAGACGAAUAUAAGUCUGUACAUCCUUGUUCAGAAACCCUCAGAAGUUUAAAGGAACAAGAAGAACUGUCUGCAUUUGAGAAGCUGGAAGAGCUUGCAGCCGAUUCAAGUUUCUCAUCAAAUUCUUCCACAGUUUGGCAGCUGCUGCAGCGUGGCCAGCACUCCUUGGCGUCUACCCCUUUA